AUGUCGCUCUUCGGCUCCUCUCCCGAGGACUCUCCGCUGGCCAGCAAGGCAGCGCAACCGUCAUCAUCUUCAUUGCGGGUGAAAUCAAGCCUGUUUGCGGACGAUCCCUCCUCGCUGUUUGGAGCAGACGAGGGCUUCUCGUCCCACAGCAACAGCAAUAAGAAUAACAGCAAUAGCAACUCCAGAGGCGUGGCUGACAACGAGCACAACAACGACAACGGAUAUUCAUCACCCUGGGAUAUGCCUACACCAAGGAAAUCCGGCUCGAGACAGCAGAUUGUUAAGACCCUUCUACCUUCGACUGAAGUCCCGGAGAGCUACGUAGAUGCGUUUGACGCGCUGGCUGGUGCUGGGGGAGGUGCUGGCGGGGUCAUCAGCAUUGAAAGCGUGAAAAGUCUUCUCGGAAGCACGCAUUUGAGCUCUUCGGAGCAGACGGGGAUCCUUAAUUUGGUGACGAAAUAUGGAUCUCAGCAGAGCCUGGAGAGGAGUGAGUUUAAUGUUCUUCUGGCGCUUGUAGGGCUGGCGCAGGAGGGUGAAGAUGUUACUUUGGACAGCGUCGACGAGCGCAGGAAGAGACUGCCGGAACCUAAUAUUCCUUAUAUCACUCGUAUACAGACGGGAAAUGCGGAAAACGGAACGGCUACUCAGCAAACCGCGGAAGAACACACUGAUCAGAUCCAACAAACACGCCAUAGACUACGACAGGAUUCAUUUGGCCCAGAAGUAGACCCGUGGGGAAGCCCAGUAAACCGUCAGCCGGCCCACCGCCCCAACCAAGGUGCAACGAAUGGGUUUUCUUCUACUCACGAAGCUCAUGAACCAGAGGCAAUGCCAAAGCCCAAUACCCAGAUUGAACCUCAAAACUUUGCAAGCACAAGAUCGAACGGGUCCACCGGUGCGCCCGCGAGCGUUGGGUCUGGAUGGGGAGGUGGUGGAUUUGGGAACCCUUCGUCUGCAAGCGGAUUUGGAAAUUAUGAUCAGGGCGCGUUGGGUGCUGGGUUUGGCCAACCUGAUAGCGGACAAGCCAACUCCAGCCGUAAUGACCUAUCCAGAUCACUGGGCGGUGGCCAAGUAAGCAACUCGGGGAUGGAGGAUGUUAUCACCAUCCAAAUGCUUCCUGAGAAGGAAGGCAUGUUCCUCUUCCAGCACCGCAACUACGAAGUCAAAUCCGCGCGCAAGGCUACCUCCGUGAUCCGAAGGUAUAGUGACUUUGUCUGGCUGGUGGACUGCCUUCAGAAGAAGUUCCCCUUCCGGCAGAUCCCGUUACUCCCUCCCAAGAGGGUUGCAGUCAAUGGCACUCACCUAUCAGCGGAUUCGAAUUCCUUCUUGGAUAAACGUCGCAGAGGCCUCGUCCGCUUUGCUAAUGCUCUUGUGCGUCAUCCGGUAUUGAACCAAGAGCAGCUGGUUGUGAUGUUCUUUACUGUUCCCACUGAAUUGGCUGUUUGGCGUAAACAAGCCUCCAUUUCCGUACAGGAGGAGUUUGCCGAUAAGCCCCUUCCCCCGGAUCUGGAAGAUUCUCUGCCGUCUAACCUGACAGAUACCUUUGAUACUGUCCGUUCGGGUGUCCGCCGCUCAGCUGACAUCUACAUUAACCUAUGCCUCCUGAUGGACCGGCUUGUAAAACGCCACCAAGGCCUAGCCGCAGAGCAGUUCCGAGUUUCGAGGGCACUCCACGCCCUGACCGAGAGCACGAUGGACACAUAUGCUGCGGACACGGGUGAUGUUCCCCUGUUGAACAAUGGCAUCAAUGCGACUGCCAAUCACUUGCAAACAAGUCAAGGCCUGUUAGAAGACGAAGCAAGGGCUUGGGACCAGGGAGUCCUCGAGGACUUAAAGGCCCAGCGCGACUGUCUUGUCGCUAUGCGAGACGUGUUCGAUCGGAGAGAUCGCUUUGCAAAGGAUAACAUCCCCCAACUCGAACGCCGGAUUGAGAACAACGAGAAGAAGCUUCAGGCCAUCCGCGCCAAACCCGAGGAGGCGGUUAAACCUGGGGAAGCGAAGAAGGUUGAAGACGCCAUCAUCAAGGACAAGGAGUCUAUUGUCCAGCAGCAUGCUCGCGGGGUCUUUAUCAAGGAGUGUAUCCGCGACGAGAUACUAAUUUUCCAACGGAGCCAGUACCGCAUCAGCCUCCUGCACCAAGACUGGAGCCAGGAGAGAGUCAAAUAUGCAGAGCUGCAGGCUGACAACUGGCGAGCCCUGACCGACGUUGUCGAAGGCAUGCCUACCUCCGAUUAACAGUCGCGUUUACUCUUCGCCCCUUGACCCCUUUCCCCCGGGACACGCCAUGUCUCCAUCUAUUACACAUGUUUAGAAACCCCCUUUUCUCCCCAGCUACAUUCGGAGUUAGAAUAGUAGUGGCCUAUGGAACCGCUGUUCCAGUGCAUCAGCGAUCAGUUUUGAGUAAUUUCUAAUCCUUUCCCUUUGUCCAAGACAUGUUCCAUUUGAUAUAUACCCCUGUGCCACUCUGGAUUUUGCUGAAAGAAACCUGUCAAUCUGUCAGUUUAUAAUAAUUUUCACUUGAUAUAACAACAAAUAUACUCAAAUCUCACUUUCCUUUUUUUUUCUUUUUUUUUUUUUCCUUUCCCCCCCUUCAUUUUGCUCAUUUCUUUUUCUGAUGCUGGCAGUGAUGGUGCUGCGAACUGUUCGAUUAAUAUUAAAUGCUUAUUGGCUAGUGGUUCAUCAGAAUCGGCCUGGUCGUUAAUGUGCAAUUUGGCUUUGUGGGUAUCAUCCGUAGCCGUUGGAGAAGCCUUUAGGCUUUUGUUUGCUUGACUAGAUUCCCGAGCCAUGAUUAAACCUCGCCCAGAGCAGAGUCAAAAUUCUAGAUCCCUUUUAGCUUAAAUAGGCUCCGUUUGAGAAAACAGGAUCUCGACGGAGCUGUCGACAUCCUUAUCUAACGGGGAGAACCUUGGGGCAACCCUUAAAAGAGAGGUGGGAGUUGAGUAUCUGGUUUGACCUCUCCGGGAACAAAACAUUUUUUGAAGUGCCGAACUGGGACUGCUCCAUCCCUCUCCCCGGUUUGAUAGGCGGUCUCAUAACUGCUACCAUCCUGUCCAUCCAGACUCCCUUUUGUCUGAUCAUGCGAAUCUUAAAACACGAACCCGGAUGCCUGAACUGAGCCUACUGAACCUUCCCCACGAGCUGGAAGAUCCUCACCAUCAGAUAUAUGGAAGGGACAGCAUGAUAAGCGACUUUGGACCCAGUACGGGUGAAGAUCGCGUCUGACUGGACGAAAUCUCAAGCACUAUUUUCAUGCUCCGUGACCAACAAGGGGGGUUCAGCUUCCCGUGUCCAGUCAUAGGCGAGCAUCAGUUUCGCUUCCGCUCCCGCAUAAACCCAUCCUGAGUCACAGAUCCGACAUGACAGGAAGACGAACGAAUGGGUGGAGCGAGGAGUCCCCCAGAGUGACGUGGUCGGGGGAUAGCUACCUAUCCAUGUCGCCUGGCCAGCCAGGAUGCUAUCAGUACGGAGUGUGCAAGAGAAGGAGAAGGCCUAGGUCCUUUCCACUCUCGUUCCCUCACACUAACUACCUCACUAGCUUUUAAACUCCCGCCGUUCGCGCGUGUGGCGAGGAUAGCGAAAACGGAAGGGAGCCAAUGAUAGCUAGCGCGAGAGACGAUUCCGUGUUUGAAAGCUGAAGCUUCCUGUGGCCCUAGACGUCGCACAGCAGCCUCGCAGCCGUCAAAGCACCCUGCUUUCGUGGUAGAAAUACUGCAGAGAAACACCGCUCUAAGUCUCACUGAAGGAUGGGCGUACGGAAUAUAUACGGAGAAUGUAAGAUGAGUGUCUGAGGAGAGAUAAGCAGCGAACAGUGCUGGAGACAAGCUUUGAGGAUUUUAUUGGCAGCCGACAAUCCCAGCAGAAGAGGAACUCCUCUCAAACGACGGUACUGUUACGUCUCAAUCAAUGCUUGAAAUGUGGGCGAUCAUCCCAGGCUGUUCCCAGUCCCUUAGUGACUGUCGAUUGUUGCUUGUCGUUGCUUGUUUGUUCGCUCGUCGUCUGUCGAUGUCGUUCGAUGUUGAUGUUUUAUGGUUUUUUCUUUUCUUUUCUUUUCUU